AUGCCAGGAACGGACUCCAAGCGUUUUUCAUGCCAAUUCCCUGGCUGCAGCUCCAGCUACCAGCGCAAAGAGCAUCUCCAUCGCCACGAAGCCCAACAUCGAGGCCCUCUUGCCCACCCCUGCCCGUUCUGCAAGCGCACAUUUGCUCGCAAUGACACUCUACGACGCCAUGUCAGUCGCGAUCACGCAGAGUCCCAGCUCGCCUCUGCGCGCACAUCGCAGGCUUGCGAGAAUUGUCGGGUCGCAAAAGUACGAUGUCGGGGAGGAUCUCCUUGUACACGGUGUGAGGUAAAAGGGCGUCAAUGUAUUUUCAGCAAUCCUGCACCUGGGCAAGAAGACGCCGGCCGGGAGCAGCUCACUGAACCGGGUCGAGUUGAGGAUGUCGACAUGAACCUUGGACCAGUGUUCCCUGAUGCGAAUCCUGGAGACAAGGCCCAGCACUGUGUACAUAUGUACUUUGCCCACUUCCACCGUCACUGGCCUAUUCUACAUCAGGGCACUUUUGAUAUCGCACACGAACCCCCGUUCCUAGUCCAGGCUGUCAUGAUGGUCGGGCUCUGGGCUAGUGGAAGUGCAUCAGCACAACGAGCAGCUGUUGAGCUUCACUCUAGAUUAGGUCCUUCAAUUCAGGAACAGCGGAGCAACUGGGACAAGACAUUUCAAGAGCAGGCCGAAAGCUAUACUACCCCUGCUUCACGCUGGCCCAUUGCAACAUACCAGGGUAUUCUGUUGUACCUUAUAUUUUCACUAAUUUCCUCAGACUCGAGGAGUAAUUCCCUUGACUUGACACUAUUUAUGGCACCCUACGAUCGCGAUAUCCUCUCCGCCCUCUGCGAAACAUGUCUCCGGAACAAUAUCUUCUACUACCCUCGCAUGCUCGAGCGGUAUCGAGACCUCGACUCAAUCACCUGCAUCUGGGUGGGCGUUGAAGAGAUAAAGCGACUCGGCCUGGCACUGUACAAGGUCUCUCGGCUAUGCGGCGACCGACUAAUAGGUCUCCCUGAUCUUCAGUUUCCUAUUCCAGACAGCAGACAUCUUUGGAAUGCGCAGUCGAAUCCAGAGCUCUCUCGCCUUCUUCAGAUUGAGGCCGACCGGGGGAAGAGGCUGGAUGGGAGUCAGGAGGGUAACUGGAUCUCGAGCUAUGGGGAGUGGUUGGAUGGUAGUAUGGAGGUCCAGUGGAUAUAA